UGGAGAUCUGUGGUUGGCGUUGGCAAAGCCCGAAAUAUCCUUAAAAGUUCACGUCAAAACUAUCAAUUUCAACAUUCUCUAACCUCCUCUUCUCAUUCCCCAUAUCGUUUCUUCUUCUUCCUCCUCAGCAAUGGCCCCUCCUGUUACUGUUAAUACUAUUAACCCCAAGGUCAUAGAAUGCGAGUAUGCUGUCCGUGGCGAGAUUGUCAUCCUUGCGCAGAAGUUGCAAGAUGAGAUAAAGAUUAAGCCAGAAGCUCAUCCCUUUGAAGAGAUCCUGUACUGCAACAUCGGUAAUCCUCAGUCUCUUGGUCAGCAGCCGAUAACCUUUUUCCGAGAGGUUCUUGCAUUAUGCGACCAUCCAUCCCUUUUGGACAAAAGUGAAACUCAGGGUUUAUUCAGUACGGACUCCAUUCAGCGGGCAAGGAAAAUUCUUGAUCAAAUUCCUGGAAGGGCAACUGGUGCCUACAGUCACAGCCAGGGUAUCAAGGGAUUACGUGAUACUAUUGCCGCUGGAAUUGAGGCUCGUGAUGGUUUUCCUGCUGAUCCAAAUGAUAUUUUCUUGACAGAUGGUGCCAGCCCCGCAGUGCAUAUGAUGAUGCAGUUAUUGAUACGAUCUGAGAAAGAUGGAAUCCUCUGUCCCAUUCCUCAGUAUCCUUUAUACUCUGCCUCAAUUGCUCUUCAUGGUGGAACUUUGGUUCCCUACUAUCUUGAUGAAGCUACAGGAUGGGGUUUGGAAGUAUCCGACCUCAAGAAACAACUUGAGACAGCCAAGUCCAAGGGCAUCAAUGUUAGGGCCUUGGUUGUUAUAAAUCCAGGCAAUCCAACAGGACAGGUUCUUGCCGAGGAAAACCAGAAGGAAAUUGUGGAGUUCUGCAAGGAGGAAGGUCUUGUUUUGCUGGCAGAUGAGGUUUACCAGGAGAAUGUUUAUGUUCCCGAAAAGAAAUUCCACUCUUUUAAGAAGGUUUCUCGAUCUAUGGGUUAUGAUGAGAAGUAUAUACACUUAGUAUCUUUUCAGUCAGUCUCGAAAGGGUAUUAUGGAGAGUGCGAAAGAGGAGGUUAUAUGGAAAUUACCGGGUUUGGUGCUGAUGUCAGGGAGCAUAUAUACAAAUUAGCAUCUGUUAAUCUGUGUUCUAACAUCUCUGGUCAAAUUCUUGCUAGCCUUGUCAUGAGCCCUCCUAAGGCUGGAGAUGAAUCCUAUGAGUCAUACAUUUCCGAAAGAGACGGAAUCCUCUCGUCUUUAACUAGGCGUGCAAAGACACUGGAAGAUGCAUUCAACAAGCUGGAAGGUGUAACAUGCAACAAGGCAGAAGGCGCAAUGUAUCUUUUUCCCAGGAUUAAUCUGCCUGAAAAGGCAAUCAAAGCUGCUGGAGAAGCAAAAACAGCACCAGAUGCAUUCUACUGCCGUCGUCUCCUCACUGAAACCGGAAUCGUUUUUGUUCCCGGUUCUGGCUUUGGGCAGGUUCCUGGCACUUGGCAUUUUAGGUGCACGAUACUCCCUCAAGAAGAGAAGAUACCGGCCGUCGUCACCCGUCUAACAGAUUUCCAUAAACGUUUCAUGGACGAGUUCCGUGAAUAAGCCUGAGAUACCCUUUGCAGGAGUUUACAAUAAGAUGUGUCCUUUACCAUGUAGGCAUGGACACUGUUAAUGUGUUCCUUUUCUCUGUUUAAUAGGAAGAUGCAGACUUUUCUUUUU